ACCAUUUUUGCAUUUGGAAUCCUUUAAAGUUUUGAGAUGUUGUCACAAUAGUUCCAUCUUCUAAAAGUUGGAGAGUCGACAACCACAACAUCAAUCUGCAUCGGUUGUCAAUAGAUUUGUGAUAUGAUUCAGGAGGACCUCUCUGUUCGAAGCCCGGACCGCUUUGUGAAAUAAAUUCAAAUGAACAAAAGACAUACAAGAUAUACGAAACUUCAUCGCACGUAUGGCUUGUUGUGCUCGGCCACCUCGGCACGACUCCAGUGAAGUUGUUGAUGAACAAAGUGCAGCUGCUGUAACGCACCCACACAGAAGUACUAAAUCAAUCAUGUCCAAGCACCAGCUGCAGAUGUUCGAUGAGGUGGUCGCAAAGUUCCCCUCCUACCGGGGCCGCGACGAUAACCCCUGGUUCUCCGGCACCGUGCUUGGCGUGAACCAGGACGAAGACACGUGCAAAGUGCAGUUCUGCGACGGGGACAUUGGGGAAGGCGUGAAGCCGAGCGAGGUUCUCUACUGCCCCUCGGGUCGCGCGGACGACUACGGCAAGGGGGACAAGCGGGGCGAGAAACCGGCGGACGCACAGGAAGUCCUGAUCGGCGACGAGGAGGGGGAGGAGGAAGUUAUCCUGUGGAAAAACGUGGUUCUACCCACUCGUGCUUUGCAAAUCCAAUCGUUUUUACGCAUCACAAAUUUAGCCACAUAGUACUACAAUUGUGAUGAGCUGGCAUGAUAGGCCUACCUAUCGGGUAAAUAGGACGUUUCUGUACAGGAUAGGCUUCGGUUUUGACGAGUUGUUCGCGAAAUAUGAGGAAGACGCUGAGAAGGUUUUGGCCAUGACGGGUUGCAGGUUUUUGUUGGCGAAGGGGCAUGCCGAGUGGCCGCCGGUGAAGAAGGCGCAGAUCAUCCGAGCCAUGCAGGACGCCUGCGAAUAUUACAACAAGUAUUUUUUCUACAGAUUUGAUAUAGUCGGAUUUGGAGAUUAAUUCCUAUACCGAGGACACUGUGAAUAACUUGCGAUAUCGGAAUUUCGAAUUCUCUCCAGACGAACUACGCCUUGUCCUACCUCCUAGCAACUUGUUGAAAGAAAACAUCCGAAGAAGAAGCUGCAUGCGGAAGAAGGUCAUAUUAGCAACAAGACUACUAGAUCAACCACUCCACUCUAGAUAUUCCUCCUUCGACCGCCUGAUGACGGCCCAUUUCGACCCGGAGUGUGGCACCGCCUGCGCCGGUCCGCACGGGCACAUCCGGUUUGGGGGCGCGCUGAAUUUCUCGGGCGGCGCGCACAGGGCCAUCACAAGAGUGGCCAUGCACGAGAUUUCGCACGUGUUCGGCGUUGGUUUGCACGGCGGGUGGCGCGGAAACAUGGAAAAGCAGGGCCCGAACCACGAGAAGUUUGGCGGCCAGGGGAUUUGGACCGGACCGCACGGGUGUGCCGUGUAUGACAAGUGGAAGGCGAAGAAUGCGAAAGUGCUGGAGGCGGGCUGCCCCGAGGAAAUCGACGCGAUCUACUCGGUAUGGAUUGCAAAUAUGUCUGGGUCUGGAAGAAUGCAAACUUGUGUUGCGCAUUUCAGAUCACAGAAAAAUCUCUCAAGCAGAGGUAGCAAAAGCUGCCCACUUUCUGUCACCAAAGUGGGGGAUUUGUCAUGCGGAUUCGGCAUUGCGGAAGCUUCUCGCGACCUGUGAUGCCAGAGCUUCCAUGCCAGACCUUCUGUGUCAUGCAAAAACAGCAUGACUCUCCCAGACCCAGACACUUUUGCAAUCCAUAUUCGGACGGCCUGCACUUCUGGCCGGGCGGGUUCGCCUACUGCAAGGAGUGGCGGGAGGAGGACGACGUGCAGUUUCACAUCGAAAUGGUGGCUGCGAUGAAGAAGGACUGUGACGAGUUGGCCGGGGCGCUGCACCCGAGCAUGAAGCGGACGUUGUUGAAGCGGGGCAUUUACUUCUUCCUCCUCGGGAAGAGCGAUACCGUUUGCUGGAGCCAGUCCACGUCCCGGAGCAAGAUGCGGUGCGACGAAGCGUGGGCGCGUGCGGACGCUAGCGCGGUCGCGAAGUACAUCGAACACCGCAAGGCGCACAUGAUGCCGCCCGACUUCACGCACAUUCAACAGCUGGACGAGCUGGAGUCCGCGGACGUCGAGAAGAACACGGCAACUACUGACGCAGCGGGGGCGAAUAUCGAAGAAAAAAACUGUGUAAGUGUAACUUUUUUGCAGGAACAGCAUCACAGAUUUGUUUUCCAUGACAGAAAACUUGUCAUGCGUAGCUAGUAUGCUAAAACACGUACUAAAAUAGCCUCUGAUGCAUAUCCGGCAUGACAAGUGUAACUGUAUUGCAACAUCUGCAAGACAAAGCUACACUUACACAGUUUUUUUCUUGCAUAGCGAACGAGGAGGAGGACGAGAGCGAGGAGUUUGUGUUGUCGUAUUACAACUCCUGCGACCGCUAUCACAGGAAAAAAGUCUUUCACUGUAAGGAUUUUGCAACUUUUGCAUCACAAGUUUGUUCCGCAUGACAGAGAAAAUUUGCCAUGCAAGCUUCCUAAGGGAAAACACAGCUAAAAAUCCACUUUCUUGCAUGUGUAGCAAGUCAAAUGCUUCUGUGUUCCAUUUUAUGCGUAACAAGUUUACAGUGAAACAGUUUUUUCUUGCGAUAAUCGCGUGUGGGUCGCGAACGCGGAGGUCGGGGGCAAAUUGAAAAUCAUCGAGGCGACGUGGGGCAGCUCCGCGGCGGCGGCGGUCGUGUCGACGGAUCAGGUGCAAAGCAAAGUGGCUGAUGGAGGGGGUCUAUCAAAUGCAAAAAUGUCUGGGUCUGGAAGGCUGGAACUUGUCAUGCUGUGUUUGGAUUCUAAAAAAAUUUGCAUUGCAUGACCAGCAAGAGGGGUCGGGUUUGUCCUAAGCGGAGAGGGCAUUUCUCAUGCGGGGUACGCAUUAGGAAGCCCUCUAAAAAUCUGUGAUGCUAGACCAUGCAUGAACGGCGUCAUGGAUCAUACAGGAUCUGCAUGACAAACCUGGCAGUCUUCCAGACCCAGACAUUUUUGCAUUUGAUAGGGUCUUGGGAUUGGGGAUUUUCUGACGUUCGGGGAAACAGCCCCGAUCCACAGCGACGAGGCGCUCGGCGAUCCAGAGCCGGGCGUUUCAAAAAUAUUAAGUGCAAAAAUGUCUGGGUCUGGAAGGAUGUAACCUGUGAUGCGCAUUUCGGAACACACAAAAAUCUCUCAUGCAUAGGUAGCAAAAGCUGCUCACUUUCUGUCACAAAGGUGGGGGAUUUGUCAUGCGGGUUUGGCAUUGCGGAAGCUUGUCGAAACCUGUGAUGCUAGAGCUUCCAUGCCAGACCUUCUGUGUCAUGCAGAAACAGCAUGACUGUUCAGUUCCAGACCCAGACACUUUUACAUUUGAUACAAAAUGUUCAAGUGCAUCUUUUCGGACGGGGUCCCCGGACAGCCCGGGAGCUUUUUCGUGCAGUACCGCGACAAGAAAACCAUUGACGCGAGCUGGGCCGGAAACCAGCCGAACUCCGCAGGGCCGGUGGACAUCGCGCACCGGGGGCGGGAGUUGUGGGUCGAGAAAGCGACGUGGGGGCCGAACGACGCUUGGCAGUCGAAUUCCGACGUCACGGAGAAGGUGAGGGCGAUGGUCGACGGGGCCGGGCGGUUGUGGACGCAGGGGAUUUCGAUCGCGGAGCUGCUGCCGGACCCCGCGGAGGGGGAAUUCAAAAUCUUCACCGUGAGUAUCUUGUUGGAAUAA